AUCCAGCGGCUGUUCUGCAAACCAGUGGCAGUGCACGACCCAGCACUCAGCAGCAGCAGGGGACGCAACAUGUUUUGGUGGGGCUGAACACACCAGAAUAAUACUCGAAGGACAUUCUGGAAGAGCCCCAGUUUCACUCUCUGUUCCGUUCCACAGGAGCUGUGCCUUCCGUCUCAGCUCACAACACGAUUGGAGGAGAAUCGAGCACCCGCCGAAGUAUAUGCCCCCGAAGGAAUGUGACCUUUGUUGACCGACCCUCUUCUCCUCCCCACAACUCUCCCUGUCGACGGAAAUCAAGGGAUUCAGUGCGCGGGAGAAGUUUCUGCAAUUCGUCUGCUGAGCAGCAGCCGUGCCCGUGCAAUCGCACUUGUCUUCCAGCCCGGGCUCCGUAUCUGCGCCCAGAAUCCCACAUCUCGGCCUUGUGGUCACUGGAUGUCGUUGGGCAGUUGAGAAUCUCAAUCAGUGAAGAAGUGCGCAAGACCUUCCUCUGAUCUCGGUGCACCAAGCGGUGUUCUGGUCGUCGAAAUCUUGCUCGGCUCGAAGAUUCUCUUCUUGCAAGUUCCAUCUCGAGCCCCGGAGAUUUUGCCCACACCCCGCCCACCGCAUCGCAUCGCAUCGAGUGUGCAGGUUCGGUUUGGGCCGACUUCCCUCCGGAGGGCAUCGCGUGGUCCUGGAAUCUUGUAACCGCAGCGGUGUUCUGGUCGUCGAAAUCUUGCUCGGCUCGAAGAUUCUCUUCUUGCAAGUUCCAUCUCGAGCCCCGGAGAUUUUGCCCACACCCCGCCCACCGCAUCGCAUCGCAUCGAGUGUGCAGGUUCGGUUUGGGCCGACUUCCCUCCGGAGGGCAUCGCGUGGUCCUGGAAUCUUGUAACCGCAGCCUGGAGGAGAGUUCUUGGUCGGUUAGGAGGGAGGCCGAAUUCGUCGACCAUCCCGAGAGAGAGAGGGAGAGGCGAUUGUGAAUGUGGUGGGGGAGUUUGCACUCCUCGGGCCUUCUCCGCGCAUCCAGACUGGUCCGGGCUCUCGGUCCAAAUCGAGCUGCCUUCGCGGCGGCGGCGAGAGCCGAAGAAGGCGCUCGGAAUUCCGCGCGGGGAUCUUCUUCGUGUGCUAUGCGGGCCGUAACUCCUCUGCCUCCAAGCCAGCUCCGUAGGGCAGGCGCCAUGGAAGCGAGCGCUUGUCUGGGAAGAAGCAAUGCGUCCCCGCGGCAACAGAACGAUGCUUCUGUGUCGAUGUCCACUUCUGCUCCUUCUGCCUUCAGCGCGAUUCAGUUCCUGACGCUGUGCCAGAGUUUGAAGACCACCAAGAGAACGGGGUGGGUGAAUCAUGGGCUCAAGGAGUCGGAGUCCAUCGCCGACCACAUGUACAGAAUGGCGAUCAUGGCGUUGAUCGCCGCCGAUGGGGUUCCGGGAGUGAAUAAAGAUCGGUGUGUGAAAAUGGCUGUGGUGCAUGAUUUGGCCGAGGCGAUUGUGGGCGACAUAACUCCUUCCGACAAUGUUCCCAAGGCGGAGAAGAGCAGGCGGGAGAGGGAAGCUAUGGAUAAAAUGUGUGCUAUGUUGGGCGGGGGUGAUGCUGCCCAGGAGAUGAUGGAGUUGUGGCAGGAGUACGAGAACAAUGCCACCCCCGAAGCCAAGCUUGUCAAGGAUUUCGACAAGAUUGAAAUGAUAUUGCAGGCUCAGGAGUACGAGCAAGAACAGGGUAAAGAUCUGGAGGAUUUUUUUAGGACCACGAGAGGAAAAUUUCAGACUGAUGUAGGAAAGGCUUUAGCUGCAGAGGUUGUCAAACGACGAACUACUAGCUCCAUAGAGAGUAAUUCCUCAGAGGCAUCCAAUUGAUGCGCUCUUUACGAAUUUCCCAUGCAUUAAUGCCAGUCUUGUAGAAGCCGAUCGAUUGUACAUUCAAGGAUCAAAUGUUUAAUUGGAGAUGAGAAAUAGGUGCACUGCUCACGUGGGGUGUAAUAAAAUGUGUCCCUUUCGAGGAAGCGGCUUGAUUUGGU